GGGGAGGGAGGAAGGGGCUCGGGCAUCGGGCUUGUAAAUAAACUCCGCGAUGAUUUCCCUCCCUUGCGCCGGCCCAGGUGCCCGCUGCGCUCCUGCCUCCCCGCAGCCCGCGGCGAGGAUGACCUGACGGGGAUGUAACAGCCUCCCCCUACCCUACCUUUUUUUUUUUACCCCCCUCCCGCCACAUAUAUAUAUAUAUAUAUAUGUAUAUAUAUAUGAACAUAUGAAGAAAUAAUUUCUGGGGGGAGGGGCGGGGAGCUCGGAUCAUGGCCUUGGGGCUCCCGGGGCUGCCGCCGCCGAUUUGCAGCUCGCCUCCGGGGCCCGGCGGCGACCAUGGGGCUGAAGGCGCGGCGCGGCGCGGCGGGCGGUAGCGCGGCCGGCGGGGCGGCGGCGGCGGCAGCGGGGCGGCGGGGGACGGCGAGCGGCGUUGGCGACCCCGAGCAGGGCUCGCUGGCCCUGGGCACCGGCGCCGACCGCGACGGGACGCUGCUGCUGGAGGGCGGUGGGAAGGAGGAGGGCGGCAAGCGGAGCCCGCCGGGGCUGGGGCUGCUGGCGAAGACCCCCCUGAGCCGGCCGGUGAAGCGGAACCACGCCAAGUACCGCCGCAUCCAAACUUUGAUCUACGACGCCCUGGAACGACCCCGCGGCUGGGCGCUGCUCUAUCACGCCUUCGUGUUUCUGAUUGUCUUGGGGUGUUUGAUCUUAGCUGUCCUGACAACUUUCAAGGAGUAUGAAACUGUUUCGGGAGACUGGCUCCUCUUGCUGGAAACUUUUGCCAUUUUCAUCUUUGGAGCAGAGUUUGCCUUAAGAAUCUGGGCUGCUGGGUGUUGCUGUCGCUACAAAGGAUGGAGGGGGAGACUCAAAUUUGCCAGGAAGCCUUUAUGCAUGCUGGAUAUCUUUGUGCUGAUUGCUUCAGUGCCUGUGGUUGCUGUUGGGAACCAAGGCAAUGUUCUGGCCACAUCCCUCAGAAGCCUCCGCUUCCUUCAGAUCCUGCGGAUGCUCCGAAUGGACAGGCGGGGUGGUACAUGGAAACUUUUGGGAUCAGCCAUUUGUGCACAUAGCAAAGAACUUAUCACAGCUUGGUACAUCGGGUUCCUGACACUCAUCCUAUCCUCGUUUCUUGUUUAUCUGGUUGAAAAAGAUGUUCCUGAAAAGGAUGCUAAUGGGGUGGAGAUGAAGGAAGAGUUUGAAACCUAUGCAGAUGCACUGUGGUGGGGGCUGAUCACCCUCGCCACGAUUGGAUAUGGUGACAAGACCCCCAAAACAUGGGAGGGACGACUGAUUGCAGCUACAUUUUCUCUCAUUGGAGUGUCUUUCUUUGCUCUUCCUGCAGGCAUUUUGGGCUCAGGGCUGGCAUUGAAGGUCCAGGAACAACAUCGUCAAAAACAUUUUGAGAAAAGAAGAAAGCCAGCAGCCGAACUCAUUCAGGCUGCCUGGAGAUACUAUGCUACUAACCCCAACAGGAUUGAUCUAGUUGCUACCUGGAGGUUUUAUGAAUCAAUUGUGUCAUUUCCAUUUUUCAGGAAAGAGCAAUUGGAUGGUACUGCCAGUAAUGUCAUUUUUAGUAGGGAGUCAUUCCUUGGAUCAAGCCUCACCAGAAAACUUAGCCAAAAGCUGGGUCUCUUGGAUCGGGUUCGUGGUACCAAUACUAAAGGAAAGCUAUUUACCCCUCUGAAUGUAGAUGCCAUUGAAGAAAGUCCUUCAAAAGAGCCUAAGAAUGUUGUCUUGAAUAAUAAGGAGCGUUUUCGCACUGCAUUCCGAAUGAAAGCGUACGCUUUUUGGCAAAGCUCAGAAGAUGCAGGAACAGGAGAACCCAUAGCAGAAGAAAGAGGCGAUAGUAGCGACUUCCUUAUGGAAGAUAUGAUACCCACAUUCAAGACAGCCAUCCGAGCUGUCAGAAUACUACAGUUUCGUCUCUAUAAAAAAAAAUUCAAGGAGACUUUGAGGCCUUACGAUGUAAAGGAUGUGAUAGAGCAAUACUCAGCAGGGCAUCUUGAUAUGCUUUCCAGAAUAAAAUAUCUUCAGGCAAGAGUAGAUAUGAUUUUUACACCUGGACCUCCAUCUACUCCCAAGCAUAAGAAAUCCCAAAAGGGAGGAGCUUUUUCUUACCCUUCACAGCAGUCUCCCAGAAAUGAUCCAUAUGUAGCCAAAGCAUCUACAGCAGACACUGAAGACCAAAGUAUGAUGGGCAAAUUUGUUAAAGUUGAACGGCAGGUUAAUGACAUGGGGAAGAAACUGGAUUUUCUUGUUGAUAUGCAUAUGCAUCAUAUGGAACAGCUCCAAAUACAAGUCACUGAGAUAAGUCCAUUGAAAGAAACUGCUUCUCCUGCAAAGGAGAAGAGAGAAGAAAACAAAUAUUCUGAAUUAAAAACAAUAAUAUAUAAAUACACUGGGCAAUGCCAUGAAACUCCUUACAAUUUCCAGCAAGUUCCAGUCAACAAAGUCAGUCCAUAUGGUUUCUCCGCACAUGGUCAUAUGACUCAUUCACAACCUUUAUCAAUAGGUGGGCAAAACUCUGGUAAAGUGCAAGCCACACCUUCCUCAACUUCAUAUGCAGAAAGGCCAACAGUUUUGCCUAUAUUCACUUUAAUGGACUCCCAGAUCAGCUACCACUCUCAAGGAGACCUACAAAGCCCUUACUCAGAUAAGGUGUCUCCAAGGCAGAGAAGGAGCUUAACAAGAGACAGUGAUACUCCAUUAUCCCUUCUCUCCGUCAACCAUGAGGAACUUGAGCGCUCCCCAAGUGGCUUUAGUAUCUCCCAAGACAGAGACGACUUCCCGUUUGGCCCCAAUGGGGGAUCAGCGUGGAUGAGAGAAAAACGCUACCUGGCAGAGGGGGAAACGGACACAGACACCGACCCUUUUACACCGAGUGGCUCCAUGCCUUUGUCUUCUACAGGAGAUGGGAUUUCAGAUUCAAUAUGGACCCCUUCAAAUAAGCCAGUUUAAAAGUGCGUGUGGGGGCAGUCACUGGUUGACUUCUCCAUGUAAUGUAAGCAUACUUUGUAUAUCUCACUUACUCUACACCCAAAGCUUACUAGUUCAAAACACCAAUUGCUGCAUAAGAUGCAUGUGAUAUUAGUGCUAGUCAUUCUGCACCAUUUCAUACACUUUACUAAUGCAGUUUUUUUCAUGCUACCAAAACUAAGGAGCUUAGUUUUGAGCAUGGUUUGCAUGACUUUACCCUAUAUAAAUGGUACAGCUGAUUUCUUCUAUGAUACAUAUCUAUCUGAUACUCUUCAAUACAACAAUGGUGAAUUGUUAACAGGUGAGAUAUGGUGGUCCUUGCUACAUUUUGUAAACGGAGCAGCAAAGUAAAAAUAUUUUCAGGAGCAAUAUCCCUUUGUGGAAGCAUAAUGUCUGAAUCUAUUUUCCAGUAUAAGUAAAUCAGUCUCUAACCAACCUAGCCAAGAACACCUAAUCUUCAAAGCGGGGAAAAAGCUGAGUCAAAGUAAAUAACCUUACUGAAAUGGUUUUGUGAACUAAAUGUUUCUCAUGUGAUCUAUUAUACAACUAACCAUGAAAUACAAUGUCAAAAUGAAAUUAGGGGUAGAAUUUGAAAUUAUUAAAGCCACCUCCUGGGACUAGUGAUGGUUAUUUAUUUAUUGUAAAAUGUAAAUAUAAAUUUCUCAAACCAGUUUGAAAAUCUCCAUUAGUGUUUACAAAAUUGCUCAAAGCAUUACUUCAACGCUAUUUCAUAGAAAAUCUUUUGCUCAACCCAUUUGUUACUUAUGGGGCCAAAUUUUCUUUCUGUUGCAAAACUGAUGUUGUUCAGUGCAGGAAACUCCAGGUUUCUACACUCCACUCUUUUACUGAUAUAUGUUCCGCUAAGUAAACUACAUAAUGUAACUUUGCCUCAGUUUCCCAAUCUGUUAAUUUGGAAUUAUACUUCUAUACAAAUAUACAGGUUGUAAGGCUCAAUUCACUGUUUGCCAAGUCCUUUGAGUUCCUCACACGUGUCACUGUUCUGUUCCCUGGGAGUUCCACAAUGUGGAUACUGCCCAGAUCUGUUUCUCUCUUUAUUGUUUCUCUUGGAAAUAGACUGCUCCAAAUCCAUAAACGUGUGCUACAUUUGAGAUCAAUGUACAAAUAAAUAACUCCCAUUCUUGUCACCUGUCCCUGAGCAGCAGAGGGAUAAGUAUGCUCCGUGGGCAUCAGCCAAGUAUUUUUUCACGUGAACUGGAAAUCAUGUUGAGGAAGAGAGAGAACAACCCAGUGGGAACAGGGCAGAAACUAAUCAAAGAUCUCACCACCACAGUGAGAAUGUACUAUCCGUACAGCUAGUGAAACCAAGUCAUCUGAUGUCAAUCCAGGUAUCCAGGUGUCCAUUUUAUGUUGUUUGAUGGCUAUGCACUCUUUACGGCUGGUGGAAAACUGAUCAGUACAGCUGGUGAGCACAGGGUACAAGGACCAAAGCACACAACAGAUUGAGGGUGAGAUUCAUCUCAUUUUUAAAUCAGUUAUUGACAAGAACUAAACUUCUACUGAUUUCAAAGGGAGUAGAGAGUGACUUGUCAAAUGAUCAGAGACACCCACAGUCAGUGGGAAGGUUCUCACGCCUACCCCACUGAUCCAAGCCUCUCUACCAUGGCUCACAUCCACCUCCUGUUGAGAGUUAUCCCUGUCACUCCACACAAUGAGUGCUUCACCACGGCUGGAGCACUGACCAACAAAGACACAAGGAUUUGUCCCAUGUAAGAUGUUAGAAAGUGAACUUUCUGCAGUGAUUGCUUGUGUUAUACUAAAGCUGCACAACUGAGCAUUGUUGGCACAUCCAGUCAGAGCAUGAGGAAAUUAAACACUUGACUGGGAUGCCCCUGUGUAAGUGGGCAUUGCACAGGCCUGGACAGGGUGCUCUUCAAUGGAAGAUAUCUUGCUGGCUUUUGUCCACUGUAGUAAACUUCAUAUUUGAUUCCUCAGUAUCACUGACAUCUCAUAACAAGUCAUUCCACUCAGGGAGCUUCUAUUCUCUUCCAGAUGUAGGUAGUGUCCUCAUCUUAUUGUUUAUUCUCUAGUUAAAGAGACAUCAAAAGGCUUAUGAUCUUUGAAGAGAAGGCUCUGGCGAGACCUUAUUGCAGCCUUUCAGUACUUAAAAGGGACUGAUAAGAAAGAUGGGGACAGACAUUUUAGCAGGGCUUGUUGCAAUAGGACAAGGGGUGACGAUUUUCAACUAAAGGAGGGAAGAUUCAGGCCAGACGUGAGGAAAAAAUUUUUUACAAUGAGGAUGAUGAAACACUGGCCCAGGCUGCCCAGAGACGUGGUAGAUGUCCCAUCCCUGGAGACAUUCAAGGACAGGCUGGAUGGGGCUCUGAGCAACCUGAUCUGGGUGAAGAUGUCCCUGCUCAUUGCAGGGGGGGUGGACUAGAUGAGCUCUGAAGCUUCCUUCCAACCCAAACUAUUCCAUGAUUCUAUGAUACUUACUUCAUCUGCUUCUUCAGCUGUAUCAUGGAACAUUCUUCUGAAAUGGAUCUUCAGGGAGAACAAAUUGCUAUAGUUACUCGAGUAAAUAGUGCAGACCAGUUACAAUCUCUGAAGACUGAGCUGAAUACAUAGAGCUGUUCUCAGGCCAUUAAUAUGAUGACAUGAGGUACAAUUUUAGUAAUUCCUUAAUUGACAAGACAGCCAUUGACCUGAAAGAUAAUCUGAAUUCUUGGAAGUACCUGUAUUGCACCUGCCUCAGGCUUUCUGAUACUUGUCUGUGGCAGUUCCUAAGAUUUAACCCUCUCAUGAUGAAUGAAAAAGAAUGAAAAAGUAUUUUAACAUUGCUAGAUGACUUCUGAAAUCAUUGCAAGUAUAUGCUAAAACACGCCUGCUUCACUUUUCUUGUACGUCAAGUGGCUGGCAUUCCUACUGAUUUCAUUUAAGUUCAGCCCUUUUUAAAAUGCUUUCUACAUCUGAGCAAUUGAGGCAGCCAAAACCCAAGUGUAAUCUGAGAAAUUUCUUUGUGAAUGUCUUUGACAGUGGCUAUGCCAGGCAGUUCUUUGCCUAAUUCACCCUCAAAAUCCUUAGUUCAGGUUUCUAAUCUCUCCCAUGCCAGGUUAUAUAAAAGGUAAUAUUUUCUCCGUAUUAAACCUGGCUGAAAAAUCCAUAAAUCAUCUCAUUAUAAAGGUAUGUGCAUUCCAAGAGAAAAACCCAAACAUGGGCUGAGAUUUGGAUGAAUCUUCACCUGCACACAGAGUGCAGCCCCAGAGAAAGCGGGAUUUGGGGCGCCCUGCGUUGGGAACACUGAACAGCUGAACUGUCUUUGAGUUUGUUUCAUCAAUGGGUUGUAAGCACCAAUUUACAAUGUGCAGUUUAAAAACCCCAGAUCAAGUAUCUGUAGCUGCAUCAUGAAGUAUCUAAUGAUGUGCUAAUUAGCCAGAUAAGAUCUGCCUCUUGAAAGGCACUGAUGGUAAACUCAGCAAGACCCUCUGCUGUGGACAUCUCUGGAUUCUCUGGAAGAGACCAAAGAAGAAGAUCAAGGAAGCUUGAUUGGCUUAUCUUAAUAUUUAUUAUUUUCUAAUACACUUCUUUGUACUGAAGCCGGUCAUUGGUCUGUUCAGACGGGCGAUGUGCUUAGCAGUUUUCUGGCUCUUACAUCAUCUGGAUUAAAAAGAGGGUGUGCAGCAGUUCUGCUCUCUGUGGUGACAUUAGGCACAUGCCAAGUUGUUACCAGCCAGGUGAGAUCUGGAGACCAUCCCUGAUCUGGGAUGUGCACACAACAUCAUACUUCAAGUUGAGUUUAGGAAGUGAAUCAAACGUGGAACUGCAAUUUACAUUCCUGCCAUAGAUACCUGACAAAACCAAGUAUCUGUGAUUAUUGACCCCAGCAACAACUGCUGUUGUUGCCCUGUUUUGCAGAGCAGGUUCACCGCAUACAAAGAAUCCAUUAUUCACAAUUUCAUUUGAGAGAGACAUCUGGGUCAAUACUACUCUUCAUCCUAGGAAUGAAUUAGAUUUAUCCCUUCUUCCACUUGCAUGUGACAUUACAGUUUAACAGCUAUCAAUUUGUUUGGGUCAGCAUCUAAUCUGACACUUUGUUUACAUAUAGUUAAUAUUAAAGAGAAUUAACCAUUGGAACCCCCUCUUCACUGACUCUUAACUCCUAUGAGUGACCAAGGAUUCAUUCCAAGCCCUGAGAUGUUUUUCAUAAUCAGAAAGUUUGAGGCUUACGUCUGUUUACCUUGAAGUGAGGAAGAAACCUUCUCAAACUGAUGCACUGGGAGCAAGAAUGGGUUCUAAUCUGCCUUUAUUUAUGAAUUUCCUUGUGAAAGACAGAACUGACCUGGAGACAUUUUUCUUAGCUACCUUUUUACACUGAUUUUUCAGACACUCCCAAAUGACAUACAUCUGGAAGUUUUUGAAAAGGUGAAUCUGUAUUUACAUUGUAUAUCUCUCUCUGCAGCAUUGUUAUUAAUCAAGCUUUCUCACUUUAGAUUCAAACUGGGAAUAUUUCAUUAAGACAGAAGUGAAUGUUUAGCUAAAGUAUGCAGGUAUAGAAAAUGCAGUUUAUGGUCCAUUUAAGGAGUUGGUUCUUUAAAAGAAAAUCUAGUCAGGUAAUGGCUGUUGUCCUUGACUUGGCUUUUCUCUGCACUGAAUUAAUCCAUCUGGCUCCUAUCAAAACAAAAGGGAAUUCAGCACAUGGAGAGAUUGAUUGAAAAGUCCCUAAAGUGACUUUGGCUAUAUUUGCUCUGUUCUUAUCUGGAACUUUGCUGCAUUGUUAUGGUUCAGAGUGGAAAUAGUUUUAAAUUUUUCUGCUUCAAACUGUGGCCCAGCAGCAUGGCAAACUAAUUCCCACCUGAACACAUACAUAGCAGGACUGCUGAUUUGUGGCCUUCAGCCAAGUGCCGUGGUCCAUUCAGUUCACAAGAUCACAGCUUAAAGCAAUGAGGAGAUGCAGAUUAAUGAGUAAACUCAGCCCUGCUGGGAGCCCAGUUGUCUCAGGGGUGUCACAUCAGCUUGUGUAAGAACUGACUUUGCCCUGGUUAGUGCAGAGCCCAUGAGAAAGAGCUGGAUCUUGGGUCCUUGCACCCCACAGCCCCCACCACUAAGCUUCAGGUGCCUCAAUUUUCGAUAGCACCUCACAAAUUUGGAGUGAUAUCACUUUUUCAGGAACCCAGAUGAAUGUGGGUGUUCGCUUUUGAAGACCAGUUUCAGAGAUGCAGGGGAAAAGGGGCUGUUUUCAAGUGAUUUUCUCUGGGCACUGUGGGAAUGAAGGUCCUGGGUAUCACUAAUGCUUCUGAUUAUUUAGGCUGUAAGAUUUGAUCCUUCCCAAUUCAGCUUUUAGUAGCUUCCUUCUAAAGUUAAGUGAAGCAAAAUACUGGAAGUGGGAUCCUAUUUCCAUCCUAUAGAAUACGCUGAGACUGAAGGUUACAUAGCCAACUGCAUUUUGUUUUCUAGUUAUGGCAUCUUAUUAUUACUGGUAUUUGUGCCUUGCUCACUGAAAUUUUCUCCAUGCUACAAAGAUGCUUUUCAGAUUCUGGCUGACAAGGGAACACAACUUUUAUACAAGUGGCCUUUAGUGCUCUUUAUAAUAUUAUUUAUUGUAAUUUUUAAACUGUAUGUGUAAUUUAUAUUCUGGCACUGUCCAAUAUUUGAACAACUUUAAUAUGUUUAUUUCAAUAUAUUAUGCAAACAAUACUUCUUAACUGAUUUUUUAUGUUCUGUCUUUAAAAACUGCACCACUUAUUAAUAAAUAGAAAUUUCAAUUA